AUGUCUUCUUUCUUCAGCAUAGACACAGCGGAAGAUUAUCCCGGAACUGCAAGAGAGCAGAUGGCAUGUUUCCCACCAGAAUACCUCAAUGCAUUAAACAUUCCAGGUUUGCCACUUCAUGAAUUAAAGUUGAAAGUUGGCGUAGUUGUUAUGUUGAUGCGUAACUUGAAUCAGACAUUAGGAUUGUGUAAUGGUACUAGAAUGAUGGUUACACUUUGCCUUCAGUUUUGUGUUUGUUGUGAGGUCAUUAGCGGACAGUUCAAGGGGACAAAACAUUUCAUUCCUAGAAUGGAAUUAUGUCCAACCGAGACAAAACUCCCAUUCAAGCUUUGCAGGAAGCAAAUGCCUCUACAGAUUUGCUAUGCCAUGACAAUUAACAAAGCUCAAGGACAGUCACUUGAAAACGUUGGGGUCUAUUUGCCAAAAGGGGUGUUCUCACAUGGACAAUACUAUGUUGCAGUGAGCCAUGUUACUUCACCUGAAGGGCUGAAAUGUUUCAUCAAUGAUGAGCAUGGACAAAGCACAAACAUCACUCAAAAUGUAGUUUACAAGGAAGUUACAAUGGACAAGGCUCUCUAUAGCUUCGAUUCACUUGAGGAUAUUGAGGACUCUAGAACUGACUGGAAAGUGAGAGUUAAAUCUCAGUCUAUUUGGAAGGGGAUCAACAGGAAAACUGGUGAAUUCAAAGGUUACAAUAUCGUCUUCUUUGAUGACUAUGUAAGUUUUCAACCUUGA